AUGAGCAAUCCGUACUCACAGCCACCGACUGGCCUUUCUGACCAGCAGACGGCUCGUAUGGCCUUGCAACAACAAGCUCGAUCGGGACCGGGGAGUGAUCUUGGGAGAGGACUCGGGCCAGGACGACACGGAGGACCUGGAGAGCCAGGCACAAAUGCGAGUCCUGUCAUUGAUCUGACGGGGAGCAACGACGAGGAUGAUGAGGACCUGGAGUCCAGUCGGCCUUCGAAGAGGUUGCGCAUCGAUACAAAAGGACAUGAUGAGAUUGCGAGGAUUCUGAAUGCUGGCGUGCGCUUGGUUCAAGGAGCAAGCGACGAUGUGAACGAUGGAAAGAAUGCUGAAGUUACGGACCAAAAUAUACCGUUUGUUGAGAUUGAGAGGCCUCCAGCGUCAUUUCAAGAUCAGCUGGCGUACAUUUCGGUAGAUGGAGGUGGUCAGCAGCCGCAAUCUUCAUCCUCUCCUUUACCCCUGCCCCCUCGACCGCGAAGGAGUCUGUUCAUGCGAGACAAGACAGAAACCGCCCCUGAAGACGAUGAACAGGAAUAUAUGGCAGUCCAGACCACCCCAUAUACUAUGGAGAAGCCUGCUGCUGCUGCUAGACUCGCAGAUAAUACCAUCCUCGACUUCCAUCCGUGGACUGGGAAUCACCCAGAAGAUGCUCUCAACGAACAAACCGCCAAACAAGGCUUCUAUGACCGUAUUCAGCUGUCCCAGAACGAAAGUAAUACCGCACGCCCAUCUCUAUACGCUCACUUUAAGAACCCCAAUGGUCUCAAAGCGCUUUCCCAUAUAUUCGCUGCUGCCCUUAAACGAAGGCAAGCCAUGACGAAAGUCACGCCAAACUCAACGUUCAAACCACCACCGCGUGUUACACUUACCGACAACAAACGUGAAGCCUGGCUGCGAGAUCUGGCUAACCCAUCCGUACCCCUCAGGCGGCUCAGCAGAACCAUACCUCACGGUAUUCGUGGCAAGAUAUUGCUGGACCAGUGUCUAGGGAAGAACAUACCUAUUGGCCGCGCAAUCUGGCUGGCCAAGUGUGUAGGCGCUAAUGAAAUACGGGCGUUCAAACGGAAAGGGACGGCAGCUACCAUCGCAAGCGGACUUGAAACGAAAUGGGUAAAGGACUGGACUGGGAGUGUGCAGCAGUUCUUGGAAGGAGUGGUGCAAUCGCAUGAAGACGCCGGGUGGAUUGAGAACCAGGCUUAUGCCAUGAGAUUGUCUGGUCGUCUAUUCUUGGAACAACUGCUUGACCAGGAUGCAUACCUCGAAUGGUUUCUCGGCUCACUGCAUGCAUCUAACCUGGAUAUGUUACUUGUCUGGUUGUCAACUAUUGGUGUUUACUGGAAGAAUCUCACCAGUUAUCGAAAACGAGGUAGACGUCUGGCGCAGACCCUACUCGAUAAGCUAGCAUGGGCUCUGAAUGUUAACCGUUCUGCAGUCCUUAAUCCCCUAAUCACACGCCUCCAAUCACUUAUCCGUUCAUUCAUCACCUCUUAUCCAUCGUCCUUUAUUCUUCCCUUGACUUGGUCUCAACACCAGAAAGCUCUGACUGCAUGCUUCAACACCACCGUUCCCCUAGAGACAGCGAUACUCGCUCAACUCAUUGCACGAAAUGCUCGUCUAUCCAGAAUCUCUCCUCAGUCCGCUAUAAACUCCCCUCAGUCUAUCCCACGACCAGCCCCACAACAACUAAUAUCCCUCCUUGACGCCCCAUGUGCAUCUAACGGUUUCCCUCUCCUUGCUGCAAAAUGUCUUGCUCUCCCACUAGAUCACAGAACACUGAUACAUACACUCCUGGAAUGGUCCUCUACCCCUUUCAGAUACGGAUGUGCACGAAUCUAUGCCUCUGCUCGACUACUUCGCCGUUGGAGGAAGCUCUCGAUCGAUACUGAUGCACACAUACUCUCGUUCUUAGCUGAGAAUAGCAAAUAUAGCGCCCGCCAGCUCGACAAUGCCUACCAUCUCGUCUCGGAACUGGUACGGUCCCAUUCCUUUUCCGUUGGCAAGUACUUGGAAUGGCUUAUGGCAAGAGGCGCGGUGAGAUGUCCUGAAAUGUCUGGUCAGUAUCUGACAGCUGACGUAGAACUUCUACGACAUCUUCCGUCAAGUAGACUUCCAGAGCAUAUCUGGAAUCUACGCAACACUUUGCUCUCUAGAGCGGGCGUGUCAGUCGAUGCUGAGGCGAGGCAAAUACGCCAAAUCAAGACUGACCUGUUGCAAAGGCAUUCCGACAUUUUUGUUGGGCAUGUUGGUACUAUUGACACUGAGAUGAUGGAUGGUGACAUCGACUGGGCUAGUCUUUCCUGGACUGUCAAGUCGGAAAUUUCACAUUGGAUUCGAGAGCAGGUUGCAUUAAAACUUCGAGCCCAGGCUCAAGUUCAAAAUCAACCUUCCGGUAAUGCAACCGCUCAAGAAACAGCGUCCAUGAUAAAGCCAGGCCAGUUUUACUUUCUGCGAUACAUCCUAGAGCGCAUGGGUGAUUUCUCGAUCCUCGCUGAUGUUCUCAAACUCCUCUCCCAAUCAUCCAAUCCUACCGUCUUAGCUUCCGUGACAGAUACCUUGAACCACCAUUUACCAUCUUUCACUGCCAUCGGCGCAACAAUGGAUCUCCUUCAAAGCUUUGCCAUCACCUACUCAAAACUCAGCAAAACUGAAGCGCACGUUCAAGAUUUGAUAGUUUCUCUGCUUGACGUUGCUAUUGUCAUCCCAUCAGAAGCCUCUACUGUUGCUGUCCUGCGCCGCGACCUAGCGCGCUACGACAAGAAGUCGGCCAUGGCUGCCUCAUCGCCAGUAUCAGAACAUAUGGCUGACACCCUCAACCCCGUCAACCCUACCUUUGGUGGGAUGCUUGACCAGCUUCUUGCUUCAGGGAAUUGUAUGGACGACGCUACACUCAUGCGUAUAUUUGACUUGCUUAUUCAGAAGCUUGAGACAGGCAAGGCGGAUAUCAGCAUCACAUCCAGCGAGGCAGCGCGAUAUCUUGCACAACUACGUUUGUUCAAUCCCAAGACUUUUGAUGGGCUUAUGAUCAAGCGUGUGAUUGGGAUGAUACACACUUCUCCAAGACCAAAACUGUCCCACUUUCUGCCACCGCUCAUCGGAGUCGGCUGCAUCACUCUUCCGGCGUUUUUUGGUUUGGUGAAAAGGCUUCUCCUUGAUGCCGAUAAGACUGGGGAGAAUAAUAUACCUGAUGUUUUGCACCUCAGAUUGGACAUGUUGAGCGUUCUAGCCCUAGGGACAACCGACCAAAACACAGUACCAGACCUUGUAAGUAAAUUUACCUGCUAG